CGUCCCGCCGCGCCGUCACGUGAGAAGGGGGUGGGUAGGGAGCCUCGUUCUGGCGCCGAGCGGACAUGGCGGCCAUUUUCUGACUCUGACGUGCCACGGCCGACAUUCACGCGCAAAUCCUGCCCGCUUUCCACCGUACAGAAACCCCCCACCUCACCCAGAACUGUGCCGGAGGGACCUACAACUCCCGGGACUGUGUACGAACGUUUGCGUUGUCGUUAAAACCUCCUUGUUGUGACGUUGGUUUCAGCUCGCCAGCGAGUUCCGAUCGUUCACCAGGGGGACUGAGAUCAGCAUGCCCACCGUGGCGAAGGGAGACGGCAUGCGCGGCCUCGCCGUGUUCAUCUCCGACAUCAGAAACUGUAAAAGCAAAGAAGCAGAGCAGAAGCGGAUAAACAAGGAACUGGCAAACAUCAGAUCCAAAUUCAAAGGUGACAAGACCCUGGAUGGAUACAACAAGAAGAAGUAUGUGUGUAAACUGCUCUUCAUUUUCCUGCUGGGCCAUGACAUUGACUUUGGGCACAUGGAGGCCGUCAACCUCCUGUCUUCCAACAAGUACACCGAGAAACAGAUCGGUUACCUGUUCAUCUCGGUGCUGGUGAACACCGACAGUGCCCUGAUCCGGCUCAUCAUCCAGGCCAUCAAGAAUGACCUGGAGGCGCGCCACCCCGUCCACAUCUGCCUGGCCCUGCAGUGCAUCGCCAACAUCGGCAGCAAGGAGAUGGCAGAGGCUCUCACCAAGGAGAUCCCCAAACUCAUCGUAUCUGGAGAGACCAUAGAUGCUGUGAAGCAGAGCGCCUGCCUGUGUCUGCUGCGUCUCUUCCGCACGUCCCCAGAGACCGUGCCUCCAGGAGAAUGGACGCAGAGGGUCGGCCAUCUUCUCAACGACCAACAUCUGGGUGUGGUAACGUCUGCCACCAGCCUGAUCCACACGCUGGCCCAGAAGACUCCCGAGGACUUCAAGCCGUGCGUUCAGCUGGCCAUCUCUCGACUCAGUAGGAUUGUGACAUCAUCAUACACAGACCUCCAGGACUACACCUACUACUUUGUCCCCGCCCCCUGGCUGUCAGUCAAGCUGCUCAGGCUGCUACAAGUCUACCCACCACCAGAGGACCCAGCCCUGCGUGGCCGGCUGAACGAGUGCCUGGAGACCAUCCUCAACAAGGCCCAGGAGCCGCCCAAGUCUAAGAAGGUGCAGCACUCCAACGCUAAGAACGCCGUGCUGUUCGAAGCCAUCAACCUCAUUAUUCAUCAUGACACAGAACCCAGCCUCCUAGUGCGAGCGUGUAACCAGCUUGGCCAGUUCCUGCAGCACAGAGAGACGAACCUGCGUUACCUGGCCCUGGAGAGCAUGUGUCUUCUGGCCUCCUCCGAGUUCUCCCACGAGGCAGUGAAGAAACACAUGGAUACGGUUAUCACCGCACUCAAGACUGAGCGUGACGUGAGCGUACGACAGCGAGCUGUUGAUCUGCUGUACGGGAUGUGUGACAAGUCCAACGCUGAGGAGAUCGUGGCCGAAAUGCUGUCCUACCUAGAGACAGCCGACUACUCCAUCAGAGAAGAAAUGGUGUUGAAGGUGGCCAUCUUAGCAGAGAAGUACCCAGUUGACUACACCUGGUACGUGGACACCAUCCUGAACCUGAUCCGAAUUGCUGGAGACUACGUCAGUGACGAGGUGUGGUACCGUGUCAUCCAGAUUGUCAUCAACAGGGACGAUGUGCAAGGGUAUGCUGCAAAGGUCGUGUUUGAGGCACUCCAAGCGCCAGCCUGCCAUGAGAACAUGGUGAAGGUGGGAGGUUACAUCCUCGGGGAGUUCGGCAAUCUCAUCGCAGGAGACCAGAGAUCCAGCCCAAUGGUCCAGUUCCAGCUGCUGCACUCCAAGUACCACCUGUGCAGCGCCCCGACCCGCGGACUCCUGCUCUCCACCUACAUCAAGUUCAUCAACCUGUUCCCUGAGAUCAAGGGACAACUCCAGGAUGUCUUGCGGAAUAACAACAACCUGCAGAACGCUGACGCAGAGCUGCAGCAGAGAGCGAUCGAGUACCUGCAGCUCAGCACGGUAGCCAGCCAGGACGUCCUGGCGACAGUUCUAGAAGAGAUGCCACCGUUCCCGGAGAGAGAGUCGUCCAUCCUGGCCAAGCUGAAGAAGAAGAAGCCCAACGUCUCGGACAUCGAGGUUGUGAAGGAAGGCAAGAAGUCGUCGAACCCUCCCACCCUGAACAACAGUGCCGCCAACACACCUGAGGCCACACCUGCAUCAGCACCUGUACCUGUCAUGGCAGCUGCACCUGCUCCUGCCCCAGUCCAGAGUGCCUCUGACGACCUGCUAGGUUUGAGCGCAGGUCCGGCUGCCGCUGCGCCGGUCACGAACAACUUCGCAGCCCCGGCGGCGCCUGCAGGAGGCGGGGGACUGCUCGUUGACGUGUUCGACACUCCGCCCGCCCAGAACAACGUGAGCACGGCCUUAGCGCCACAGGCGGAAGAAAACUUCUUCAAUAUGCCCAGUGGAGAAACUGCCCCAUCUGGCGACGCCUCUGCUACGGAGCUUGACGGAAGGUUUGCUAUAAAGAACAACGGUGUGCUGUUUGAGAAUGAACUCCUGCAGAUCGGGGUCAAAGCAGAAUACAAGGGCAACCUGGGACGUUUAGGUCUGUUCUACGGAAACAAGACGUCGUACCCUUUCCAGUUCUUCACCCCCACCGUGUCUUGUCCAGGAGAACUGGCCUCUGCGAUGAAUGUCCAGACCAAACCCCUGGAUGUGAACACAGUGGAGGGAGGAGCUCAGGUCCAACAGAUCAUCAACGUGGAGUGUAUAGCAGACUUUGUGGAUGCCCCCAUCCUCAGCAUUAAGUUCAGUUACUCUGGCAGCAUGCAGCAGAUCAACCUGAUGUUGCCCGUCAUGUUGAACAAAUUCUUCGAGCCCGUCGAGAUGGACGCAACCAGCUUCUUCAACAGGUGGAAACAGCUCAGCAGACGCCCUGGACAAGAGGAGCAAAAGAUUUUCAAGGCCUCGUUCCCAAUAAACUCAGAUACCUCCAGGACAAAGCUCCUUGGCUUUGGGUUUGGUCUCCUGGACGGGGUUGAUCCGAACCCGGACAACUUUGUCGGGGCUGGAAUCAUCAAGGCGCAGUCGUCACAGGUCGGCUGUCUGCUCAGACUAGAGCCCAAUAUGCAGGCACAGAUGUACCGGUUAACUUUGCGAACCAGUAGCAAGUCCGUCACCACAAGGCUGGCUGACCUCCUUCUCAAGCUUUUCUGACCGCAAACCCUCCUGGUUCCUUGAGAAACCUCGAAAAAUCCUGGGGAAGACCACGACGUGGAAUUACCUAGGAGAAUUCCAAAGGCAGUAGCUUGAAGAAAAUAGCUUCAAGAGCAUGUUUUCUGUGUGGUAGAGAGAGGAAGGAAAGGUUGUACAGUGGACAGAUUAUGCCAUAUCAAAAGGAGAGGUAGAUUAAAGAAAGAAUUCAAAAUUUCCACUUAAGGAAACAAAUUCAUUUAAAGAGAAGUGAUCACAGUCACAAUAAAUCAGUAGCCUUGUGAAUAAAUAUGCCAGUGUGUGUGUUCGUGACAGUCGUAUCUAGUGAUGGCCCUCUUGUUUUGUUGACUUUUUGCUAUGCAAAUUAGGCCAGGCUGCCCCUUGAAACCAGUAUUUCUAUCAGUUACCAGCAAAUGUCAACGUGACCUUUUAUGCAUCUAUGUUUUUCCACCAGUUAAUGUGUACCGUCUGUAAUGUGAAGUUCAACAAUGGGAAGAGCGUUGAAAAAUCUUUUACCAAGCUUCAGAGGUGUGCAAAGGUAAAGCAUUUUCAGGAUGUCAUUGAAAAUUUACCUUCUAGGGAUUGUAGCUGUAACAAUUCUAGAAGCCAAGAAGGCUUUAGGAUUUGUAUGUUUAGUUUAGUUUAGCAUUGUAAAAAAAGCAAAAAGAAGAGAAACCUCUUAGAUUUGAAGGUAGAACUUCUUAACUCUGCUGGCGGCAAGAAAUGUCUUUGAAAAAAGUUGUGACAAACUUGUUAGAUGGUAUGAGGCUUGCCCAAAGCCAUCCCAAUUAAAGUAGUAGACAAUGUGAAAAGUGACUCCCAUAAAUGGGGAGGACCACGUGCUCAUGGAGGUAAUGGUAGAUUGUGCACAUGAAAUAGUGGUUUUGGGAGGCAGCAAGGGAAUUUGUACACCAAUACACGACAGUUAUUCACUUAUAGUAUACAGGCAUACACAUGUAUAAAGUUGUGAGAAAUUCUGGCCAAGAAAUUACAAUACUUGAGGACACACUUGUAUGAGCUCUCAAAUCAUCAUCAGCAAAACAGUACCUACCAGCCAAUUUUGGUAACAUGUUAGUUUGAUUAUAUAUUGUGUAUGACAGUAUUCUGUACUGAUAAGAAAGAUGAUGAAGUUCAUCAUUUGGUUACUAUGUCAUCAAUUAUGAUAAGUGUAAUUCUACAUAACGUUCAAUGUUUCUGUAGCUAUUGUGUAUAUUAUAUACUAAAAUGAUUAAUUAUUACUAGACUAUCAGGUUGUGAAUUGCAAUGAUGAAAAGAGCAGCUAUUUGCAGCAUAUUUGACCCCAGAAACUUUUAAAAAGCUAACUAAUGGUUGUUUUCUGUUGUAUGCUUCUGCCAAUAUAAACAAUAGUAUUCACAUGUAUAAUAAUGAUCAUGUGCAAGUGUGGUCUAUUUUCAGACAGUGCUUGAGGAGGGUAGGGCUGGGGUUUCUGAGAUUUAAGGGGGGUUUGAAGGAUAAUUUCUUUACCGUACAGUCAACAUUGUCCGAGAAGACCACUCUGGACUGAGAAAAGCUGGUCUAUGCGGACAGGUGUUCGCUAUGGACAGGAUUCUUGAUAAAAUUUGCUUUUGCUAAUGGGGAAAGUCAUCUAAGGGACCAGUAAAAUGUGGUAACCAUUAACAUUUGCCAGGUCAGGUGGUCCUUAUGUUGAAGUGGUCACUUGUACAGGUUUGACUGUACUUCUUAUUACCUUGUGAGAAAUCAUACUGAAUUGACAAUAUGUGAUGAGGUCAUGUAGAAAAGACGUGAGCACCUAGAUCUAUUGUUGUAGUAAGCGCAGAGAGUAUAUGUAAAGGUUAGUAUGGAUCAGGACGCUUGUAGGAAAAGUCAGUGUAAAAUAUACAGGAUAUAGGAUCAGUGAAAAGUUGUAGAGCCUUGGACAUGGUUGCCAAUGUAGCAAUGUACAAAUGUC